AUGACACCGAAUUGGGAUGUACAUCAACCUCAUGUCAUUGAUGAAAUGCUGGCUUGUAUUAGCAUUAAUCACAAUGGAAAGUGGAAAACAGAUUAUUGUGGAGAAUAUAAAAUUCCGGCAUAUUACUCUGGAGAAAUAUUUCUCGGGACACCUGGACAGCCAUUUAACGUAAUAUUUGAUACUGGUUCUUCGAAUUUGUGGGUUCUUUCCGGAGACAAAUUCCCAGUUUUUGGAGAAAUCAAUGAAACGUUCCAUUCAUUUGAUAAUGGCACUUUUGACGGAAUAUUUGGAUUGGCAUAUCCCUUCAUCGCAGAAGACAAUGUGGAACCUCCAAUCCAGAAGAUGGUCAAACAAGGAGUUAUAAAAAAGCCGAUUUUUGCAUUCUACCUAUCAAAUAUUUCAUUAUCUAAUGUCACGUUUGACCGCGUUGAAGUUAUUGCGGAUACGGGGACCAGUUUUCUUGUCGGUCCUCACGACCAAGUUAACAAAAUUUAUAAGAUUUUGGGAGUACAAAUCGUAGAAAAUAUGAUUCCGUCGGCUGAAAUGUGUUUGAUAGAGAUUACUGGAAUGGACUCACCGUUAUGGAUAUUUGGGGACGUUUUCAUCCGUCGUUAUUACACUGUUUUUGAUUUCGAACAUAAUCGAGUGGGAUUCGCCGACUCUCGAUGA